CAAUUGCAAAAUCAAUUAAACACGAAAAGGAAAGACGCGCGACCCGACGCGUUUUCAGGGGGAAACGCGACUAAGUCAAGUUAACACUAACGUUGGACAGACAGACAGACAGACAGACAAUUUGGGUGCCCCGCAACCAUCAACUUGGUGAAGUCUGCCAUGUCAAUUUGCACACCUUCGACUCUCUACUUUCGGGCUUUGAGCAGGUUCGACACAAUAUACCCCCCCCAACCCCCUCCCCCAAAAAUAUCGAAGUCGCAGUCACUGCAAAUCAAUCCAUAAUGGCGACCCCCAGUGAUGCCACCAUGACCAUGUCGGAUGCGCCAUCGCGCACCGGCACGGCCAGGCGCAAUUCUCGUCCCAGGGCUCCUCCAUCUGAAAGCUUAGCCGCCCCGAGCGACGACGAGGGCGAGGGCUUUGCAGACGAUCAGAUACCCGGCCGAACAAGGCGCAAUGGCGCUCAAGAUGUGCCCCGAGUGGAAGACAGGAUUGGUAUUACCGUGCAGGAGCAUUUCGAGAACUUCAUCGAGGAAUUUGUCGAAGACCCGACAUCCUCAGGGGCGCCGACAUCAAGCGCCGUCACGACAGAUAAAUAUUAUGUCGCUCAGAUUCAUGCCAUGCGGGUGUACCAACUGUCUACCUUUUACGUCAACUACGAUCAUAUUGCCGCCUAUCAAAACGGCGGCCUGGCCAACGCCAUCAACAUACAGUACUACCGAUUUCUCCCCUUCCUUACCAACGCCUUACACAACAUGAUCGCCAAGCACGAGCCACAAUACUUCCGCGAGCAUCGCCAACCUACAACCUCGAGCAACCAGACCACGUCUGGAGCGAGCAAUGCUGGUUCCGCCAGCCAGUCCGAGGCCACACAAGGCAGCAAGACGGCCAACCAGCAAACCGAUAAGCUGUUUGCCAUCGCCUUCUACAACCUGCCAUUAGUCUCGCGGGUCCGUAGCUUGCGCGCAAAGAACAUCGGCCAGCUGCUUUCCAUCUCCGGUACUGUCACCAGGACAUCCGAAGUGCGGCCUGAGCUGUCUGUGGCGACCUUUGCCUGUGAAGCAUGUCGGUCAGUCGUGCUCAAUGUCGAGCAGACCUUCCGCUACACCGAACCGACGCAAUGCCCGAAUCAGCAAUGUAACAACCGUAUCGCAUGGCAACUUGACAUCCGGCAUAGUACGUUCGUGGAUUGGCAAAAGGUCCGCAUCCAGGAGAACAGCUCCGAGAUCCCCACGGGAAGCAUGCCUCGAACAAUGGAUGUCAUUCUGCGGGGAGAGAUGGUCGACAGAGCCAAGGCCGGCGAGAAGUGCAUCUUCACGGGUGCUCUCAUCGUUGUUCCCGACGUUUCUCAAUUAGGCCUGCCCGGUGUGAGACCUACAGCAAUCAGGGACGAUCGCAAUGCGUCUCGCGGCAACGAGGCGGGUGGAAGCGGUGUCUCCGGUCUAAAGGCUUUGGGUGUACGAGACCUCACAUAUCGCCUGGCUUUCUUGGCCAACAUGGUAAACUCGGAUACAUCAACACCCGGGUCAAAUGCCCAACGGCCAGUACAAGAUAUCAUCGGCUCCCUGACGCAGUCGAAUGCCGAGACUGCAGAAACGGUUGACGAGGCACAGCAGGCUGUGCUGAGCUCCAUGACGCCCGCCGAAAUUGACGAGUUGCGUGAAAUGGUUCACAGUGACCACAUCUACAGUCGACUUGUUCAGUCUCUAGCUCCCACCGUGUACGGACACGAGAUCGUCAAGAAGGGAAUCCUUCUACAGCUCAUGUCGGGUGUGUCCAAAUCCACGGCAGAGGGUAUGCAACUUCGUGGAGAUAUCAAUAUUUGUGUUGUCGGUGACCCGUCGACCUCCAAGUCACAAUUCCUCAAAUAUGUAUGCUCGUUCGCACCACGAGCUGUUUAUACAUCCGGCAAAGCCUCAUCCGCCGCUGGUCUCACUGCUGCCGUGAUCAAGGACGAGGAGACGGGAGAAUUCACCAUCGAGGCAGGAGCGCUAAUGCUCGCCGAUAACGGCAUUUGUGCCAUUGAUGAGUUCGACAAGAUGGAUAUCGUUGAUCAAGUUGCUAUUCACGAGGCCAUGGAACAGCAAACUAUUUCAAUUGCCAAAGCGGGCAUCCAGGCUACCCUCAACGCACGUACGUCUGUCCUGGCAGCCGCCAAUCCCGUCGGAGGUCGGUACAACCGCAAGACGACCCUGCGUGCAAAUAUCAAUAUGUCGGCACCUAUCAUGUCGCGUUUUGAUCUGUUCUUUGUCAUUCUUGAUGAGUGCAACGAUCAGAUCGAUAGACAUUUAGCCCAGCAUAUCGUUGGCCUUCACCAACUUCGCGACAGUGCCAUUGAGCCCGAGUUCAGCACCGAGUGUCUGCAGCGAUAUAUCCGCUUCGCCCGGACUUUCCGUCCUGAGUUCACCGAUGAGGCAAAGGAGCAGCUUGUCAUACGAUACAAGGAGCUGCGUUCUGACGACGCCCAAGGUGGAGUUGGAAAGAACAGCUAUCGUAUCACUGUAAGACAACUGGAGAGUUUGAUCCGACUCUCUGAGGCUAUCGCCAAGGCAAACUGCGUGGAAGACAUCACAGCCGACUUUGUAGACGAGGCUUUUGGUCUCCUACGACAAAGUAUUAUCAGUGUCGAGCAUGACGAUGUCGAGAUGGACGAAGACGAAGACGAGAUGGUCGACGAUGCUGCUGAGCUGAUCGCCGCCGCCGAUGCUGCCUCUGGUGCUCAUCAACAAGCCGACGAGCAGGACGUCGAUGGUGACGAGGCCAUGGCUAACACUGAUGGUUCCCCAGCACAACCCGACGGCACAAAGAAGAAGACCGCCGUCACGUACGAGAAGUACAUUGCCAUGGUGAACCAGUUCGUCAGUCGCGUCAACGACGACGAGUCUACUGGGGCCGGAGAAGGCGUCGAGGCUGAAGCUCUCUUGCAAUGGUAUCUUGAACAAAGAGAGGAUGAGCUUGACGGUGAAGAGGACUACCACCACGAACUAUCGCUUGCCAAGAUGGUUCUGAAGAAGAUGGUCAAGGACAACAUACUCAUGGCUGUUCGUGGAGAGGGUCUUGCUUCCGCAGACGGAAACGAAGCGGACAACGCUGAGCAAAAGAUCGUCUACGUUCUACACCCCAACUGCGCUGUGGAAGAUGUUCAGUGAGAUGUAUGUGAAUAAUAUGGAAUGACGGCGUUUGGAGUUGAGAUGGCCCCGGUGGAACAAGAUGGAUGAUUCAUGAGCGUAUAGUAAUGACAUUCUAGACAUAGCGCCAUAUCGGUGGGAGAGCACUAGACCUAGUGGUAUAUCAAACUGAUAUGCAGCACGGUCAUGCUAGUGGAGUAUCUCUGCGAUGCUAUGGGAUUAAAUUAAACAAGAAUUACUGUCCACUAGGCUACCCACCUUACUAUAUAGCGUACUCGUCUAUGAGUCUUUCAAAACCUAGAUUGCCUCUCGAGAGGCAUGGCGGUCCCGAGCGCGAGGAUAAAAGGUGUCGAGGACCUCGCGGACGACCAGAGGCCCGGCCAUGCAAGACGCAAUGGACCCCGUGGAUUUGUUCGAGAAAUCCCUCUACAAGGUGUCCAGGAAAGACCUGCGCCGGGACGCACCUGUUUGAACCGGGAAAUGCAAG